AUGCUACACCGACGCAGUCUUCGCUUCCCACGUACGACAGAUCACUGGAGAAAUAGACCUUCACAUGUGAAGGCCAUUCAGAAGAGGCUCACGAAACCGAGUCGCGUUGACGGCACCCGUGCCGCCCUCGCUCUUUCUGCAUCAACGGUGAUUUUCAAGCGUCACGUCAGAGACAGCAGCUGUCACAAGGCCCUGCGAGCUCAGGGCACCGGGACAGCAACAUCUCACCUCACCGACGCCUGGAAUGUCGAGGCGUGCUUCUUCGGUGCUUCAGAGACUUGCACCCCCGUGGGUGUCGACUCCCUUGCGGUCUUCGACUCCAUCUCGACGGAUGGUACAACCGUCGGCCAGCAGAACUCCGUUCAAUGUGUAUCAGUCAAAACCCCGGUCUUCGCACACGCAGUGCUCGCAUACAGCACGAAUGACAAUGCACGACGCAGUUCUUGUAUCUACAAGACUGGACCGGAUCCGACUCGUCCGUCCUUGUCACACGCCGAUGCAGUCUGCCCGUACGGAGUCAGUCUUCCGACACCUCCAUCGCAAACGGGAGACUUGCGGUCGCGGUAG